UGCUGGGCUCCCAGGGGUCUGGACUGCUGGGAAGGAGGAAGCUGGCAAAAGUAAACCCAGAGAACGUCUCUGUCUGGGCCAGAGGUGAGGCCACAGCUGAGGCCAGAGCUGAGGCCACAGCUCAGCCCAGAGCAUCAGGACUACAUUUCCCAGAAUCCUCUGGAGCCGGGGGGCAGCCAUUGGCAGAUUUAAAUAGCCCAGGCGCCCCCCUCCCUCGGCCGUGGACUCGUCCACCUCCCGGUGGGUUCAUUGGCGCGGCCCUCAGGGGUGGGCUCCACUGGCCACCCAGCUGCCGCUGACGUGCGCGCGGAGCGGGUGACAGCGGAGGUAAACAGCCAUGUGUGCGCCUCUCAUCUAUAUUUAACAGCUGCUGCAGGGAAGAGGAGGCAGGUGACAGUGGUGGCAGCUGGGGCGGCCCUGGUUUUGGAGGGCAAGGCCUUUGGAGCCGGGCUGGCACCGGCCUUCUCGGGGUGACCGCGCAGGGAGGGACAGCAUGCCAGCUUCCCAGAGCAGGGCCCGCGCCCGGGACCGCAGCAACGUCCUCAACCGGGCCGAGUUCCUGUCCCUGAACCAACCCCCCAAGGGGACUCCAGAGCCCCGCGGCUCCGCCAGGAAGGCCCCGGGGCCCUCGGCACAGCCCCCGCCCACCAGCGAGGGGCCCCGCGAGCGGCGCCAGUCCCAGCAGCUGCCCGAGGAGGACUGCAUGCAGCUGAACCCCUCGUUCAGAGGCAUCGCCUUCAACUCCCUGCUGGCCAUCGACAUCUGCAUGUCCAAGCGGCUGGGCGUGUGCGCCGGCCGGGCCGCGUCCUGGGCCAGCGCCCGCUCCAUGGUCAAGCUCAUCGGCAUCACGGGCCACGGCGUGCCCUGGAUUGGGGGCACCAUUCUCUGCCUGGUGAAGAGCAGCACCCUGGCCGGCCAGGAGGUGCUCAUGAACCUGCUCCUCGCCCUGCUCCUGGACAUCAUGACAGUGGCAGGCGUGCAGAAGCUCAUCAAGCGGCGCGGGCCCUACGAGACGAGCCCCAGCCUGCUGGACCACCUGACCAUGGACCUCUACGCCUUCCCUGCUGGCCACGCCAGCCGUGCUGCCAUGGUGUCCAAGUUCUUCCUGAGUCACCUGGUGCUGGCGGUGCCGCUGCGUGUGCUGCUGGUGCUCUGGGCCUUCUGCGUGGGGCUGUCCCGCGUCAUGAUCGGCCGCCACCACAUCACCGACGUGCUCUCAGGCUUCGCCAUCGGCUACUUCCAGUUCCGCCUGGUGGAGCUGGUCUGGAUGUCCUCCAACACCUGCCAGAUGCUCAUCUCAGCCUGGUGAGCCGCCUGCCCGCCACGGGCCAGAGAGCAGCAGCGGGGCCUGGCUGCCAGGCCGCAGACUCUGCUUCUCCACCCUGGAGGCCGAUGACUGCAGGUGACCCCUGUGACUGGCACGGCUGGCAAUGUCUGGCCCCUGCCCCUCUGCCCAGACUCCAGAUCUCCGCUCCAAAUGCCAGGGGCCUGGCUUGGCUUGGCUUCCGCUUAGGAACAACAGGGGAGACCGAGAGGGCAGCAGGAGGGGCAGGAUCUCAUCACGUUGCAGUGGUUGUUGGUCCUGGUUGCUGGAUGCCUGCCGCACCCACCUGGAUGCCCGGCUGUCGAGGGCUUGAGCGGCGGUGUUUCCCACACGGCCGUGGUCCAGGGCUCAGCUGUGUGCGGACCUCCUGACAAUGCAGAUGGCAGCUGGGCCAACAGGCAUGGGCUUUGUAGCAUGUGCAGGGAGCUGUUGGUGCGUCCAGCCCCAUGCAGGCCAAGGUAGCACUGGCCAGGGCACCGGGCACAGGCUGGCCCGUUUCUGGCCUUCCUGGGACAGGCCAAUUGGCCCCUCUCCUCCAGAUUCAGGCCAGUGCUGCUCUGCCCUGGGGCCGGGCACUAGGACACAGGGAGCCAGAGUCCCCCCCUCUAGCCUUUCUGCCCUCAUCUCCCUGCUUUCCAUGCCCACGGGGAGCUCUGCCCACAGGGAGCUCCAGGGCAUAGCUGGCACCUGCCUUCAUUCCUGGCAGUUUCCACUGCUUCAGGUCCCUUCUGCAGUUCCCAGGUGCUGGCUGCAGCCGGCUUCUCUUGCCCUUUCCCCGCUAUCUGGAAUCUGUCACCUGGGGUUAGGCUGGAGCAAGCUUGGGGGGGCACUACUAGAGAAUGAAUUCACCCCUCACACUGAGCUACAUCCCCCGCCCUUCUUUAUUUUGAGACAGGGUCUCAGAAUAAGUUGCCUGGGAUGAGCUCCAACUUGGGAUUCUCCUGUCUCAGCCUCCUAGAGUGCUGGGAACACAGAUCUGUGCUGUCAACCCCGGCUCACUACACCAGGGAGAUACAGCUGCUCCCUGCUGGGGUCCAUGUUCCCAGCAGGGCUACCCAGGAGUUCUUCCUGUUUAGGGGCUGAGGGAUGAGUGUCUUUAGGAUUUAGGGGGCCCUAAAGGUUGGGGCCUCGAAGCCACUUCCUGCAGAAGAGCCCAAGUACCCGCUGGCUCAGGUCUCACAGCCGCUCCCAGCCCCCAGUGUGCUAAUCUGUCAGGGAAGGUGAUGGUGGUCCCCGGGGUUGUCAGUGAUGCAGCUGUCCACGUGGACUGUCUGUGCCCCUGGACACAAGGCCUGUUCUGCCUCUGCCCAACCUACUGGUCCCCAGAGACUGCACCCCCACCCUGCUCCCUCCCCAGCAGAGAGGGUAAUGAUGCCAAAAUACAGUUUGUGUUUAAAUAAGACGCAUUACCUAGGUGCCAUGGCAUGCACCUGGAAUGCAGCACUCGGAGGCUGAGGGAGGAGGAUCACCUCGAGUUCAAAGGCAGUCUGGGCUGAUAGGAAGAUCCGGUCUCAAAGAACCCAAAAUACAGACAAAAAAAUAAAUGGACACAUCGCCACGAA